AUGAAGUUUUCCUCAAUCAUUGCUGGAUUUGCUACGCUCGUAUCAGUGGCUCAGGCUUCCGUCAUUCAAGAACAAGAACCCAACAACGACAUCAACACUGCGCAGAUAAUCCCUGUCGGUGCCUUCACUCUUGGGUUCAAUCCUAUUAUUGCAAACUCUGCUACACUUCCGUGGGUAACCAUCGAGGGUACUGGAGAUGAUACUCAUGACUAUUACUCAUUUGUGGUCCCCACUGCAGGAAUGAUUGCUUCUGUUUUUGAUGUGGACAAUACAAACAAUUUUGAUUCAUGGCUCACUCUGUAUAACUCAAAUGGCAGAAUCAUUCGAAUCAAUAAUAAUGGCAGUCCAGGUGAUCCUGGCUCAAAUACGGCCCAUGACUCCUACUUGACCUACACCUUCACUGCUCCUGGCACAUACACCAUUGCUGUGAGUAGAUGUUGUGGUCCUCCCUUCCAUACCCGGUCAAAUUAUGUCCCAAGUGGUGCCACAUACAAGUUGCACAUUUCCCUGGGUUAUACGGAAGCACAGCUUCGAGCUGCUUAUGGCAUGGGAGACCCACACUUCAAGGUAUGA